AUGGCAGAUAUUGCUGACCGCACCACUUUAGAGACUAUGAGCGUCUCUGAGAACCCAAACUUUCUCGAAAGAGGACAGAGUGGUUUGUCUGCAAACAGAGAAAAUUUUCAAAAUCACCAAGAAGGUCAAAAUCAGGAGCUGUCCAUUUCUAAUGAGCAAUGGGAUUGGGAAACAGAUUCAGAUAAUCCAUACAAUUGGCCUGCCAGUAGAAAAGCAUGGCAGAUUGCCAUCGUUUCCACUAUGGCAUUCACAGCUGUUCCCCAAUCUAGAGAGGAGAGUAGGAUAUCUAAUAUUCUAACCAGAUCAUUUGGCACCUCGGUAAUGACUGCGGCUCCGGAGCAACUCAUUGAAGAAUUCGGUUUCUUUGCCAUGGCUCUUUUGCCAGUUCCGUGGAAAUUUUUCAAAUUUGGAAAGGCUAUCAGGUUAAGAAGUCGAUAUGAAGCCUCCAAGUUCUAA